GCACCAAUCUCUGCGUCUCUUCGUCUUCGGCUGCGCGGCGGCGGCAGCAGCGGAGGAGGUUGAGGAGAUGCUGUCCGGCGACAUCCCCCCGAGCCAGACCAUCUACCUCAACAACCUCAACGAGAAGGUCAAGAAAGAAGAGUUGAAGAGAUCACUUUAUGCCUUGUGUUCACAGUAUGGAAGGAUACUGGAUGUGGUGGCCCUGAAAACACAAAAACUGAGAGGGCAAGCAUGGGUGGCGUUUAGCGAAAUUACAGCUGCUACCAAUGCUUUCCGUGGUUUGCAAGAUUUCGAUUUCUACAGCAAAAAAAUGCGAGUACAAUAUGCAAAAACAAAAUCAGACUGUAUUGCAAAAGAAGAUGGUACUUAUGCACCUAAGGAGAAAAGGAAGAAGCAAGAGGAGAAAGCUGCUGAGAAAAAACGACGAACAGAAGAGGCACAACAAGCUGGCCUCAAUGCUGCUGCUGCCCAAAGCAAUGGAACUGGCUAUCAAGCGUCUCGUCUGGGCAAGGCUUCACAGGAGCCACCUGCGCCUCCGAACAACAUCCUCUUCAUCCAGAAUCUGCCAGACCAGACCACGAGCAUGAUGCUCCAGAUCCUGUUCCAGCAGUACCCUGGCUUCCGGGAAGUACGGAUGAUCGAAGCUAAACCAGGCAUCGCUUUUGUGGAGUUCGAGGACGACGGCCAGUCCAUGGUCGCGAUGCAGGCUCUCCAAGGCUUCAAGAUCACCCCGGAGAACCCCAUGGCUAUAUCCUAUGCCAAAAAAUGAGAACCCUAGGGGACUCUGUACCGGCUUUGUUUCGGUACUCUAGUAUUGAUCCCAAAUCCACGUGUGCUGAGGUGGAUUGUGGUGUAAAUUAGUUUAAGUUACACCCUAAUCUACCUCAAUACAUGUAGAUUGAGCUCAAUACUAGAGUAUCCAAACUAGACCUAAGAUCUUUCCGCUCCGCCUUUAGAAAUCGAGCCACGGUACCCACUUUCCAGUCAUGUGUUUUUGGAAAGCACUCGCUUGAUUUCGAAGUUAAACUCUUAACACUUUUAAAUCAGGUUUGGUCCUC